CCUGAUUCGAGUUUGGCAUUUUGACUCAUCAUCGGAUAUUUUGCAUUUUGCUUUAUGAUUCAGAAGUUACUACUGAGCAGUGAUCCUUAUCCGGGGAGCAUUUAAUCCCGAAUGCGAACUAAGUCAAACGUACGGGUGGCAGUGCGUUCUCCAGUUUCCUUCAUAUCAUUCCAUCUUCAACAAUGUCAAGAACUCAAACACAAACACUCCUCAACUUCUUCAUCUUCAUCAAUUUUCAAUUCCCUUCUUUUGCCGAUGUUGGUACUGCGGCUCACUAUUCUCCUCCUUAUUUACCGACCGGUUGCUACGGCGGGGAGGCUUUACAGUUCCCGUCCAGCAACCUGUUUGCGGCGGCCGGAGAUGGAAUAUGGGAUAAUGGGGCGGCGUGUGGGAGGCAGUACUUGGUAAGGUGCAUAAGCGCAGAGCAGCCCAGGACUUGCAUUCCGCAGCAGAGCAUUCAGAUCAAGAUCGUUGAUUAUGCCGUCUCCACCGUGUCGACUCCGUCGGCCACCGGAACCACCAUGGUUCUCUCUCAGAAAGCUUUCCAGACCAUUGCUAAUUCUUCUGCUGCUUUCAUCAAUAUAGAGUUUCAACAGGUCUGAUAUAUAUAAAAUUAAAAGCUGGUUAUGAUUAAUUUGCUGUGGUCUUUUGGGAGGGUGAAUUGAUAAAGCUAGAGGAAGAUGAUGAUGAGAAGAAAGAUCUUGGUCGCAAGAGUUAUUGUCAAGUGUUUUGGAACGGGAUUGGCGAUUAUUUAAUACUGAAUUAAAUUUCUUGUUUUUGUAAUUUUCUUGGAGACUCCCCAUAUUUCUACGUUCCCGUUUUAAAUUCUUAUGGGAAGUUUCCUAUAUGCUUUCUGGCUUUGAAUGCUUCUUUGGAAGUUAUAUGAUGCAAUGACUUGUAUUAUUCCUAGCACGCUUGGAGUCAAAGCACGUUAUUCCUA